AUCUUCGUAAUCUCAGACUUGUGUUUUGUCUGAUUCGUUAUCGUCUUCCUUCAUAAACCCACGCCACGAUGAUCCACGUUCUUCAAGCUCUCCCGCACCAGAACCCACAAUCGCAAACGAUGGAGGCACGAAGACUCACUGCGAUUGCAUGGCUGCUCAGCCUACUCUCCCUCUUCGCAGCCGGGUGCUAUGCGAUCGAGUCUCCGCAGUACACGAUCAUCCACACGGAGUCGGACUUCGAGGUGAGGUUGUACGGGAAUUCCACGUGGAUGUCCGCUCAGGCGAGCGACCUCUCCUUUGAGAGGGCCACUUUCAACGGCUACCAGAGGUUGUUUGAAUACACCCAAGGUGCCAAUUUGAAUUGCUCAAGGUUGGCAAUGACAUUACCUGUCUCGACGAGCAUCGUCCCAGGAGCAGGACCCCUCCACUCGUCUGCCUAUGUCGUACGUUUCUACUUGCCCACGAAAUUCCAAUCGACCCCACCAACCCCUCUUCCCGAGCUGAAGUUAGAACCGUAUAACUGGAGCAGCCACUACGUUGCCGUCAGGAAGUUCCCUGGAUUCGCACUGGAUGACAUCGUCGUCAAAGAAGCGGAAAAGCUCGCCCUCAGCCUAACCAGAUCCGCAUGGGUAAAUGCUACUUCCAAGAGCGACUAUGCAUACUCGAUCGCACAGUAUAGCACCCCCUUCCAGAUCAUCGGGCGAGUGAACGAAGUCUGGGUGGAUGUCGAAGCAGCUGGGGUGAAUGACCACAAGUCAGGUGAUGUAGCUUCAUCCUGAACCUAUGCUUGCUUGAGGGGUACUGGAAUCACGUCUGUCAGUGGUUGUAGACAUGGCGUGUAUCUGCAUAGUGUCUUUAAGAUCUGUACUUUUACAUUACAUGCCGCCUUGUGUUCGGGUAUGUUCAAAGGGUGAGCGGGGACUGUAGUACUCUAUCUAGAUCCGUAUUAUGAUUAAAGUUUGUGCUGUUGUUUUCUGCUCUCUUUUCUCACAGGUGUAGUAGCACCAAUGAACCUUGCCAACUUGGUGAAAGUAAAGAAACGAACGGUUGGUGAGAUGUGAAAUGCG